AGAGCAAACUCAUUUGACCGAUUAACAAGAAACCAAAGAUCCCGGCCUAAGCCAUAUUCUUUAUAUUUAGCAAAACAAAAAGGAAAAGAAAAAGAAGCCAUUUUCUUUUCUCCCUUUGCAGCAAUUGAUCUUCAAAAUAGCGAUGCUGAAAGGCCUUGGCAAACAUUCCACGAGCCCUAGUAAUAUAGCAGUUUGGUUUUUGUUCCUGAGCAUGUCAAUUUCUUUAGCUGCAAAAGUAGCAUUUGCUGAUUCAGAAAAGAAAGUGUAUAUUGUUUUCAUGGAUCGACCCAUUGGCCAAGACCUGAGAGAUUAUGCUAUUCAAAUUCUGUCUUCUGUCCUCGGCAGCCACAAGGCCGCAGAGGAGGCACUUGGGUAUGUUUACAGACGUGUUGGGCCUGGAUUCUCUGGUAGGCUGACUCCAGAGCAGGCCACUCGACUCCAAUGUGAGUGCUUUAUAUUUGUUCUUUAUUAUAUCCCAUUUGGUGUUUGUCAUUGUAACUUUAUAAAAUUGUUUUUUUCAUUCCCAAAGGAUUUACAGUAGGGGCCCCCACGGGACACCAAAAUUUCGUAUAAACGCUUUUAUAAUGUGCAUUAUUAGUUUAAAUAAAUUUAAAUGUUGUUUGCCUCAUUGAUAUAGAAUAAUAGAAGAUAAUUACAGUAAAUGGUCUUUGAUUUUCUCCUUCUCUAAGCUAGAGUCAACUAGAGUGAAUGGUGCCUAUAAAAAAUAAAAAUAAAAAGAAAAACAAAACAGGUAAAUCGUUAUGCUCAUGUAUAUAUUUUAAAUGCAAUAAUCUUCUCAGUAUUAUAUAAAUGGGCUUUUAGUAUCAAUUGUGCUGUAAUUAACUCAUACUCCUAGAACUUUAACGUAAAUUCUCCAUUUUGAUUUAUUAACCUAUUGAGCCAUUUUGUAUAUUAUCUCUACCAAAAGCCUAAAUAAAUGACUAAAUGCAUCAAUAUUUCGGAAAAUUUGAAGUUCUUGUGUUGUAUUUACCAACUUUGUUUUGAUUCUUGUUUUGCUCCCAUCCUUAUAAAAGUUGACUUCUUGAAUACCAAAAUGCAAAAUUUUGUUCUUUUAAACUGUAAAAAGUGAAAUUAUACGCUUACACUGAUUUUGUACAAUGUGAAACCUACCAAAAAAAAAAAAAAGGUUGUUGGGAUUAGAUUUUACAACACUACAACAAAAAUGGCCUUUAGCGGCAUUUAAAAGUGUCAGUAUAGACAAUUUAACCUGACAUUUUAUCUAUCCUCACACCUAGGGCGAGUGUUGUCCUUUCCAAUGUGGGGAUAGCCUCAAAUCUUUAGCAACAUUCAAACAUGUCAGGAAAACCAUGCUGCUAUAGCAUUCCCUCUGCCAACAAAAACUUUUUUUUGUGAUAAUCGAAAGUGUCUGUAUAGCAUUAGAACAUCAGUAGCGGAUCAGUAGUAUAUCCAAUUUAUGAAGGCAUCUUUAGUUGUCUUAAUAUAUGACUUUAAGGACACGUAGCCAUGUGAAUUUACACUGCUUUGGACGACAUGCCCAUUUGUCAUUAGUGUUUUUCGAAGUUAAGCUAUGCUGACACUUUUAAUUGCCAGGAGUUUUUUCCCUGUUUUUUUUUUAUAUGGAAGCAACCUGCAAUUAGCCCUCCCUGCUG